CUAGCCGACUUUCGCCAUAUUAUGUUUAUGGCAUGAUAAGAGACAGGCGCUAAUUUGACUUUGACCGUUUUAUCUCAGCUUUCAUUCGCUGUUAGUAAGUUAUAUCUCUUGGAUUGCGUUUUUCAAGAGAAUCUCGAGCGAGAAAGCCGUUUGGAAAUUCGUUAUAAUGUCUGUCACUGCCAAACGAGAGGAAUUUCGCAAGUAUCUGGAGAGAGCUGGUGUCAUGGAUGCCCUCACAAAAAUACUUGUCUCACUCUAUGAAGAGACUGAAAAGCCAGCUGAUGCCUUAGAAUAUAUACGUAAGAAUCUUGGCGGUAUCAUGGACAGUACUUCAGAAAUUGAUAUCUUGAAAAAAGAAUUAGAGGAGGCCAAAGCUAAAAUCAUCGAACUACAAUCAAAAUUAGCAAAGUAUGAACAAAAGGAUGAAGUACAGGCCGAGUAGGAGUAACCGUUAUGAAUAACAUAUCUUCGACCAGAGUUCAUGCUAGUCUUUUUUUUUGGACAAUGACUUUUCUAAAGUCAGUCUAUGUGCCUUAUAUUUACUAUAAUAAAUAUGACGUUACUAUAAUAAUAAAUUGACAUUUAUUAAAGUUAGAAUAUAAGAUAAAUUACUGAACUUGUGUAAACAUUCCAUUACACAUAUAUUCAUUCAUGUUUUUUAAUUAAGAAAAUCGCAAUAUAGCUGUUAGCUUUCAUAUUAUUUCUCUUCUAAGGACAAAUUACAUGUAAAGUAAUUGACAUAUGUACUUAUUAAUGUGGAGCGUCGUUUGUACAGAAUAGAUCUCAGAAUCCAAAUAAAUAUUUCUUUUACGUUUA